AUGACUGCACUGGCCAUGGAAUUCAUUGAAAGGGUGACCCCAGCAUGCAAGGAGCCAGAAAGAGAAUGGGUGAAUGGCAGAGUGAUAUGCAUCAGCAGUAUAGAUUCUGAUGUUUACUGGAAAUUGGAACAGUGUUUUGAUGAACUCCAUGCUUGUUCUGAUCCUGGAUUCCCUGAAUAUGGAUAUAAAAUGCCCAGCACAGGUGUUUUCUUUGAAAGUUCAGUUGUCCGGUUUCAUUGCCAAGAAGGAUACAGGCUUAAGGGUCCAUCCCAAAAGCUUUGUGAGAGACAUUUUAAUGGCUCCCUAAGCUGGAAGCCAAGUGAUAAACCUGUGUGCCUACAAGAAGCUACAGAUUGCCUUGCUCCAACUGUUGAAGAUGCAGAGAUUCAGAUCAAGACAUACACAACUGGAGAUAAAUUAAUAAUCAGCUGUCAUGAAGGAUUCCAGAUCCAUUUCUCUGAUUUAGACAACUUGGUGUCAGUAUGUCAAGAUGAUGGAACAUGGGAUAAUCUGCCCAUUUGCCAAGGUUGCCUGAGACCACUUCUGCUUCCUCAUAGUUUCACUAAUAUAUCUCAGUUCGAGUCUUCCUUCCCCGUAGGAUCAAUGAUAUAUUUUCAGUGUUUUCCUGGAUAUAAACUAGAAGGUGCAGAGUUCCUUGAGUGCAUGUAUAAUCUUAUCUGGUCAGAUAGUCCACCUAGGUGCCUUGAUGUGGAAGUUUGUCCGCUACCUCCUAUGGUGACUCAUGGAGAUUAUAUCUGCCAUCCGCGGCCUUGUGAACACUACAACCAUGGAACUGUAGUUGAGUUCUAUUGUGAUCCUGGCUACACUCUCAGUAAUGAUUACAAAUAUAUCACCUGCCAGUAUGGAAAAUGGUUUCCAUCAUAUCAAGUGUACUGUGUCAAAACAGAACAAGCCUGGCCAAAUAACCAGGAAACUCUUUUGCGAACAUGGAAGAUUGUGGCAUUCACUGCUACUAGUGUUCUUCUAAUGCUUCUGUUAGUUAUUCUUGCCAGAAUGUUCCAAACCAAAUUUAAGGCACAUUUCCUUCCAAGAGAUACUCAAGAGAAUUGCAGCAAUGGCCCAGACUUUGUGGUGGUGGAUGGUGUUCCUGUCAUGCUUCCUUCUUAUGAUGAAGCUGUGAGUAGUGGCAUGAAUGAAUUGGCACCAGGAUGUCCGCCUUCUGCAGGCCAGGGAUAUAUUUUUCAAGCAGAUGAUCAGAAUCCUCCAGCUUAUCCUGAACCAGAUGAUUUGAACAGGUUGCCAGCUGAAUUUGACACCUGUGACAGCAUUUCAGGCUCUUCAGAACUUCUCCAGAGUUUAUACACAUCUUCUGCAUGUCAGAUGGGAGCUCAUCCUGUCUCAGACAGAACUGAUGUUAUCAACAGCACCACUGAAGAAGUAGCAUCAACCAGUCCAAGCAUUGAUAUUGCUGAUGAAAUUCCAUUGAUGGAUGAAGACCCUUAAUCUGCACAAAUAUUUCUCAUAUCUUGUUGGGGCAGGGGAAUAAAUCAUUUACAUAUGUAUACAUACAUAUCUAUAUAUCUAUAUGAAAACAUAAAGACUGAUUACAGAUGGAGGCAAGGAUAUUUUCUGUUUUUAUAAAUCUUCCUCAUUAUAAUGUCAUCAGAUUUUGUGUGCAUAUGUUAAAUCAACUUUGGGGUUGAAAGCAUCAGCUAUUCAACAGCAGCUUUACAAAAUGAAUCCUGAGGAUUUGAUGAGACUAAACAUUACAGGAGAAUUACACGUUCGUGGAAUAGUGACAAAUGUAUCUGCAUCGCAGGAAGCUUUAACAGAUGUUUAAAAACACCAAUGAAGAGUAGACAAAAAGGUACAAGUGCAAGUCACAAUAGAGGUAUUUCAGAUAAUGUAAAUUCUGUUUUAUCAAAGCUGCU